AUAUUUUGGAUGUACAGCCAACAAGCAAAUAGCUAAUAAGGCUCUUUGUAGAUGACAGUGUAUCAAUAUGUAAUAGUUGAAACUGUAGUACUUGUUUUUAGAUUAUUUUAGGAAGAUAUCAGUGUUAUUCAUUCUGAGCACUAUGGAUGAUCUAGAAGACUAUUCUCCAGGUUUAGGGGAAUUGGAUGCAAUGUUCAAUAAAGCUGCAGCUCACCUUCAGUCUCUUGCUGGUACUCUUGCUCAAGAUAAGCUUCUCUUCUUUUAUGCUCGAUAUAAGCAGGCAAAUGAAGGAUCCUGCAAUACCCCAAAGCCUGGCUUUUUUGAUUUUAAAGGCAAGCAAAAAUGGGAGGCAUGGAAAAGUCUUGGAGACUUAAGCAAGGAGGAGGCCAUGAGGGAGUAUAUUAAUGCCAUUAUUGAUAUUGAUCCAGACUGGGAACUUAAGGUUGAAUGUGAGGGUGGUCCAAGGACUAGCUGGGUGAGAGUUAGCAGCCUCCAGCCACAAAAAGAAGAUAAUACUAAAGAGGAGGACAAAAACUCCUUUGAUUGGGUAAAGGAAAAUAAUGUUCAUAAAAUUAAAAGUCUCAAUCCUAAAGCCAUAUCAGAGAAAGAUGAGAAUGGGAUGACACUCCUGCACUGGGCAGCAGACAGAGGACACACACAAAUUGUCCAUUGUCUUUUAGAAAAAAAGAUAAACAUUAAUACACAGGAUGCAGAAGGCCAGACUGCUCUUCACUAUGCAGUUUCCUGUGGUCAUAUAGAGAUCAUCCAACUUCUCUUGGAUCAUGGAGCUGAUUCCACCAUCCAGGACUCUGAUGGACUAAAGGCUGAAGAAUGUGCUGAAGAUGAAACUGUCAAGAUUUUGUUUAAAUAAUUGUAAUUACUUGUAAUUUAGUUAUAUAGUAUUAAGCAAAAUUGACAGUUCAGUGUUGUGUUAUAUAUCAAUGCAGUGUAUUUUGAUUUUAGAAUUAUGUUCAAUAUAACUAAAAAGAUAAUCCAGUAACAUUUUAAAAUUUAUACUUACAUCAUUACUGUAAAUACAAACUUGCAUCUUUACAAAAUUAAACUUAGUAAAGCU